GCGGACACUGCCAGCGACUGCAGCCUACCUGGAACGACCUGGGAGACAAGUACAACAGCAUGGAGGAUGCCAAGGUCUAUGUGGCCAAAGUGGACUGCACAGCCGACUCCGACGUGUGCUCUGAGCAGGGGGUUCGAGGAUACCCCACCUUGAAGUUUUUCAAGCCUGGCCAAGAAGCUGUGAAGUACCAGGGGCCUCGGGACUUCCAGGCGCUGGAAAACUGGAUGCUGCAGACGCUGAACGAGGAGCCUGCGAUACCAGAGCCUGAAGCAGAGCCCCCCAGAGCCCCUGAGCACAAGCAGGGACUAUAUGAGCUCUCAGCGAGCAACUUUGAGCUGCACGUCGCACAAGGCGACCACUUUAUCAAGUUCUUCGCUCCGUGGUGCGGUCACUGCAAAGCUCUAGCUCCGACCUGGGAGCAGCUAGCUCUGGGCCUUGAACAUUCUGAGGCUGUCAAGAUUGGCAAGGUUGAUUGUACACAGCACUAUGAACUCUGUUCGGGAAACCAGGUUCGCGGCUAUCCUACUCUUCUGUGGUUCCGAGGUGGGCAGAAGAUUGACCAGUACAAAGGAAAGCGGGAUUUGGAGUCGCUGAGAGAGUACGUGGAUUCACAGCUGCAGAGCACAGAGCCAGAGGCCCCGGACACCGUCGAGCCGUCAGAGGCCCCGGCGCCGGCCACUGAGCCCGUGGCCCAGGGCACCGUGUUGGCACUCACGGAAAAGAACUUCGAGGACACCAUUGCAGAAGGAAUAACCUUCAUCAAGUUUUAUGCUCCAUGGUGUGGUCAUUGUAAGAAUCUGGCUCCGACGUGGGAGGAACUCUCCAGAAAAGAAUUCCCUGCUUUGGCAGAGGUCAAGAUCGCGGAGGUGGACUGCACUGCAGAGCGAAAUAUUUGCAGCAAGUACUCGGUACGAGGCUAUCCCACGUUGUUGCUCUUCCGUGGAGGGCGGAGAGUCAGCGAGCACAGCGGCGGCAGGGAUCUCGACUCGCUGCACCGCUUCGUCCUCCGUCAGGCCAGGGACGAGCUGUAAGGGCCCACUGGCCCGUCGCCCGGCCUCCCGCGCCCCGGCUGUUGGAGCUGAAUCAUGCUGGUGUUGUGGACUCCCACCUGGUGGUUUUUCAGAGAGCUGAAUGUACUAAACUUGUGGUAUCUUCUUUGUGUGUGUGUUUUUUAAGCCAACACACUCUACAGAUUCUUUACAAAGUUUCUCUAAGUAAACACAUAACUCACGAUCCCUUCAUGAACUAUUUUCCGUGGCGACCUGUCGUCCCCUUCACCCUUCUCUUGAGGAAUCUCAAUGGUUUCCUUUGAGACUAAAAUAGAGUUGAGGAAAAUCAAAUUGCUGAACUAUUUUUGGCUCCUGAGUGAUUCUGGUGCAUGAUGCAUCAGCUAAAGCAUCGUUUGUGAAAGCUGCUCACGAGUUCUGGACGGUCGCAGUAGUGAUACUCCUGGUCUGAAGGGCAAAACUGACUUCUUAAUGACGUGUUGGUUGGUAGCUUGGAGCAGAUCUAAAAACAGGAAGCCCACACCUCCGGAAGAUACCUCCACGUCCUCCCCUGGCUUUGCUGUUUGUUUCUGUCAAUGCUCCUCUCACGGCGAGAGGUCAGCCAUAAUGAACGCAAUGGUACUUCUGACACGUGCCUGAGUAAGAGAAUGCUGGGACCGUAACCUCACGUGUGUGUGUCAAUGCUUCUGUUACCCCAUGGGUGGAAGUUUUUUUAGUUAGGUCAUCACGAAGACUUGACGUCUCCCACAGAAAAUGUGGGCAUGGGAAGUUCCACAAGGCUUGUCCUAUUCUGUUAACUCCUAGAACAAUUCUGGUUGUUGUCACCUGGGGCAAGAGGGCUCAGGUGAGCCUUCCCAGGCCUGGGUAUCGGAACUAACCAGGGAGGCCCCCCAGCUGGAAGCGGCUUCAGAUCCUGCUUCUGGGUAGUUGUUCUAGAGGCUUACUGUACUUUGUCUGCCUCGGAGGAGGUCAACUGUGUGUGUGUGUGUGUGUGUGUGUGUGUGUGAAGAGUGGGAUCCAGUUGGCCUCAAGACCAAAGACUGAGCUAGGCGGGGCUGGGUCAGGGCUGACUUGGGCCCCAUUACUGCCCCGGCCAGCACCCUUGUCAGCCACGCCAUCCUCGUUGCUCAGUUUUACUGUCACACUGGAAAACAAGCACCCAUCGGACUAGGCUCUCUGAAGAUACGUACCUGUAUGUUCUUGGCCAUCAGGUUACUUCUCAUCAUAAUCCCUCCCUUUCCAACGCUCUUCGCCCCACUUCCCAUGCUCUGGGUGAGUGCGGCCAGUGGACACACGGUCACUGGGGGUGGGACCCUGAGAAACAAGAUCGCUUCUGCUGCCUGCGGCAGAAGACAACAGAGCAGGGUCUCGGCCAGUCUCUGCCUUAAAGGAAAUCUUUAUUAAUUAUGUAUGGUUCACAGAUGGUCUUUUAAAAACCCCAACUUUCUAGAGAAGCACAAUCCUCAUGAGGGGCUUCAGCUUUGCAUCAUGAGUCUUGUAUUAAAAGAAUAUCCAAGUGGUACAAUUUGUUUACACUGAUACUUUCUAAAUAAA